UCCACAGCCGCCUGAUCACUGCCAAUCAAAGCGUAAUCAGUAAUAAUCAAUACAAUAUCUUUCUCUGAUUACGUUUACACCAAGGAUCGGAUCUUUUACCGCAUCUAAUUUUUCGCUCUUUUUCUCAAGGAAUUAUUUCAUGCCAUUUCUGUUCAUAGCUCGUAGAAGCCGGAUCGUUAACGGUCAUUUCAUUUCUCAUCAAAGCCAGAAUCCGAACCCAAUUUGUCUCGACCCGAUGGCGAGAAGCACCGCAUUGCCGCUGCUGCUGAAACGAAUCUGUCGAUCAUUGGAUAGUCCAAUUCACCUCGGCCCCACCCGAUCCAUCACCUACAUGCCUCGACCAGGCGACGACACUCCCCGGGCUGUGACACUGAUUCCCGGCGACGGAAUCGGCCCUCUGGUGACCGGCGCCGUCGAGCAAGUGAUGGAGGUGAUGCACGCGCCGGUGUUCUUUGAGCGGUACGAAGUCCACGGCCACAUGAAAAGCAUGCCUCACGAUGUGAUCGAGUCGAUCAAGAAGAACAAGGUGUGCCUCAAGGGAGGGUUGAUGACUCCAGUCGGCGGCGGCGUGAACUCGCUGAACGUGCAGCUCAGGAAGGAGCUCGAUCUCUACGCCUCGCUCGUCCACUGCUUCAAUCUGCCGGGAUUGCCGACGCGCCACGAGAAUGUCGACAUCGUCGUGAUCCGGGAGAACACAGAAGGCGAGUACGCCGGCCUCGAGCACGAGGUCGUUCCCGGCGUCGUCGAAAGCCUCAAGGUGAUCACAAAAAUGUGCUCAGAGCGGAUCGCGCAAUACGCAUUUGAGUAUGCGUACUUGAACAACAGAAAGAAAGUGACGGCUGUUCACAAAGCAAACAUAAUGAAGCUCGCAGAUGGGCUGUUCCUGGAAUCAUGCCGAGAAGUUGCAACGAAGUAUCCUGCAAUCGAAUACAGUGAAAUUAUUGUUGAUAACUGCUGCAUGCAGCUUGUUUCCAGGCCCGAGCAAUUUGAUGUCAUGGUCACACCCAAUCUUUAUGGCAAUCUGGUUGCAAAUACCGCAGCUGGCAUUGCUGGCGGCACAGGAGUCAUGCCAGGAGGGAACGUAGGGGCCGAUCACGCGGUAUUCGAGCAAGGUGCUUCCGCUGGGAAUGUUGGGAACGAGAGAAUACUGCAGAAGAAGAAAGCAAAUCCGGUGGCUUUACUUCUAUCGUCAGCCAUGCUGCUGAGACAUCUGCAGUUUCCUUCCUUCGCCGACCGGUUAGAAACCGCCGUGAAGCGGGUCGUAUCGGAGGGCAAGCACCGGACAAAGGACGUAGGGGGCCAGAGCACCACUCAGGAGGUGGUUGACGCAGUCAUUGCAGCCUUGGACUAAUUAAUUCUUCCUCAUCACACAGACCUCAUAAUUCUUUCUUCUUCUUCUUCUUCAACUCUUUCCGCCGGCUGUUUUUUCACUUCCAUUAUAAUUUGCUGGCGUUCUGGAUGCAUGUUGGAAUAAUUUCUCAAUCUCAGAGAGAGGAUUGAAACUGUGAAAAAAUAAUUGUCACUGAAAGCAAUUUAAUUGUGAAAAAGUUGGCCUGAUGCCCCGGCCGGGCUGAGCCACGUUUGGGCGUCAGGGCGGGCGUUACACCUGGGGUUGGCUCGACAUGGCCCCGUGGCCUUGCUAAAUGGGCAAGCCAGCCCUCGUCUACCAGGCCUUUUAAUUUUCUUUAUGUUUUUAAAUUGUUAAAUUUAUUAUAUUGUUAUGCUUGAA